UGAUCUCUCUUCUAGGGUUUUUAAAAGCUCCCCCUUAAACCCCACACUAAUUUAUUCUUGGCUUUCAAUGGCAUGAAUGAAAUCCUUAUCUUCAUCUCUCCCUCUCUCAAUCUCACCUUCAAUGUCUCUCUCCUCCACUCUCCGAUUCUCUUCUUUCCUCCGCCACAACCUCUUCCUUGCCCCUUCUCGUGUCUCCGCUCUCCGUCCUAAUGUCACCCACCUCCUAUUCCUCUCAUCCGCCCCUUCUCGUCGCACCGUGGUCCGUCCUGUCAAAGCGAAACGCGGUGCGGGACAGGAAGACGACGGUGGAGCUGGAAAUGGAAGCAUGACGGCUUUUGUCAAAGACGGAAGCGCCGGUGGCAGUGAUGGGCGGGUGGUUCCAUUCGAGCUUCACAAGGAGGCUAUGGACUCGUAUAUGGCUUAUGCAUUAUCCGUGUUGCAUGGGCGGGCUUUACCCGAUGUUAGGGAUGGUUUGAAGCCGGUGCAUAGGAGAAUCCUCUACGCAAUGCAUGAAUUAGGUCUUUCGUCUAGAAAACCAUUCAAGAAAUGUGCUAGAGUUGUCGGAGAGGUCCUCGGCAAGUUCCAUCCUCAUGGAGAUAGUGCAGUAUAUGAUUCGAUGGUGCGGAUGGCACAGGAUUUUUCAUUGAGGUUCCCGCUAAUCCAAGGACAUGGAAAUUUUGGUUCAGUUGAUGCAGAUCCUCCUGCUGCUAUGCGUUACACUGAAUGCAGACUUGAGGCACUUGCAGAAGCAAUUUUGCUAGCAGAUCUGGAUCAAGAUACGGUUGAUUUUGUUCCAAACUUUGAUAAUUCACAUAAAGAACCAUCACUAUUGCCUGCUAGACUACCAACAUUGUUGCUAAAUGGUUCCUCUGGGAUUGCGGUUGGCAUGGCAACUAACAUUCCUCCUCAUAAUCUUGGAGAGUUGGUAGAUGUGCUCUGUGCAUUAAUUCAUAAUCCAGAGGCCUCAUUGCAAGAAUUGUUGGAAUACAUGUCCGGACCUGACUUUCCUACUGGAGGGCUGAUAAUGGGGAACCUUGGGAUCUUGGACGCGUAUCGAACUGGGCGAGGGCGUGUUGUAGUUAGAGGAAAGGCUGACAUUGAACUGCUUGACUCUAAAACUAAGAGAAGUGCAAUUAUUAUUAAAGAGAUUCCUUAUCAGACAAACAAAUCCUCGCUUGUCGAGAAGAUUGCUGAACUUGUCGAGAAUAAGACUCUAGAGGGCAUCAGUGAUAUUCGUGAUGAGAGUGAUCGCAAUGGAAUGCGUGUGGUCAUUGAGCUUAAGCGGGGAGCUGACUCAUCUAUUGUGUUGAAUAAUCUUUACCGCCUCACUGCUCUUCAGUCUAGUUUUAGCUGCAAUAUGGUGGGGUUGGCUAAAUGGUUUCUAGCUAAGUUUCCACAUCUCAAAAUUCCAGUAGAUGUUUUGGUAGGGGACCCCUCGAUUGCAGACAAGUUUGAUCUUAAGAAGACACAAGAUGAGAUUAAUUGUUGGCUCCCUCCCGACAGAUUUUAUAAGUUUAAUGUCGAUGGGGCUGUCAGGUCGGAUGGAAAUGCUGGAGGUAUUGGAGGUCUUUUGAGAGACUGUAAUGGUAUAAUUUUAUCGUCUUUCUCUGUUAGUAUUGGUCCAGGACCUCCGCCGUUGGCUGAACUGAAGGCUAUUAAAAAAGGCCUAGACCUUUUCGUUUCAUUAGCUUGGGCUAAAAAAGGAAGGCUGAUCAUGGAAAGUGACUGCAAAUCUGCAGUAGAAUGGAUAUUGUCACCUAUUUCUGUUCCUAAUUUUUUCAGUUCCCUGAUCUUAGAUAUUGCUGCCUUAGUUCGGGGGAGGGCGGUUAUUAUUCGAUGGAUUCCUAGGGGCUGUAAUUGGGAAGCAGAUAAGUUAGCUAAGGAUGGGAUAGGAGUUGUUCUAUGGUCUUUAUGGAAAGCUAGGAAUUCAGUGGUGUUUGCAAACUGGAAAUUAGACACUGUAUCUCUGUUCUUCAUUUCCAGAUUUAGGUUGGCUAAAUGGUUUUUAGCUAAAUUCCCUCAUACUAAUAUUCAGGUUGACUUACUAGUGGGGGACCCAUCGCUUGCAGACAGAUUACCUAUUAAAUCCGAUGAAAAGAAGGUUCUCUACCGGUCUCCGCCUCCUUCUGAUUUCUUUAAAUUCAAUGUUGAUGGAGCGGUAAAAGGUGAUGGGCUGCAGGGUGGAAUUAAAGGAGUUUUGAAAGAUUCGAAUUGUUCUACUUUAACUACAUUUUCUAUUGCGGUGGGCCCUGGUCCUCUUAUGUUAGCUGAGAUGAAAGCUAUUAAACAAGGAAUUGAUUUAUUCCUUUCUUCUGAAUGGGCAUUGAAGGGAAGACUAAUCCUAGAGAGUGAUUGUAAAACAUCAGUUGAUUGGAUUUUGAUGCCAUUUUCUGCCCCUACGUUUUUCAGUACUUUGGUUGGGGAAAUUGGGGCCUUAGUUUCUGCUAGGGGUAUUAUUGUUAGAUGGAUUACUAGGAGCUGCAAUUGGGAGGCAGACAAGUUAGCUAAGGAGGGGAUUGCGCUUCAGCUUUUCCUUUGGUUUCGUUUUUACUUUUUAUGUGUUUUUCAGGCAUUCUUAGAAUUUAGAUGCUCUGUCGUUGAGAGACGUGCAAGAUACAAACUUUCACAUGCACAAGAUAGAAGACAUAUUGUUGAGGGUAUUGUGGUAGGGCUUGAUAAUUUGGACAGAGUAAUUGAUAUAAUCAAAGAGGCUUCUAGUAAUGCAGCUGCAUCAGCUGGCCUGAGGAAGGAAUUCAAUCUUUCUGAUAAACAAGCAGAGGCCAUAUUGGAUAUAAACUUAAGACGUCUUAACCUUCUUGAGAGAAAAAAGUUUGUUGAUGAAAGUGCAUCAUUGAUGGAACAAAUCUCAAAGAUACCAGAACUAUUAUCAAGCCGAAAAAAUAUAUUGCAGCUAAUAGAACAAGAAGCAAUCGAGCUAAAGAACAAGUUCUCCAGUCCAAGACGUUCAAUGCUAGAGGAUUCAGAUGGUGACCAACUUGAUGACAUAGAUGUUAUUCCAAAUGAAGAAAUGCUGCUGGCAUUCAGUGAAAAAGGUUAUGUUAAGCGGAUGAAGCCAAACACUUUCCAUCUUCAAAAUCGUGGAACAAUUGGUAAAUCUGUUGGAAAACUUCGUGUUAAUGAUGCAAUGUCCGAUUUCAUAGUUUGCCAUUCACAUGACCGUGUGCUGUAUUUCAGUGAUAGGGGAAUAGUGUACUCAGCUUAUGCAUUUAAAAUUCCAGAAAGUAGCCGAACUGCUGCUGGAACACCUUUGAUCCAGAUCAUCUCUUUAUCUGAAGGAGAGAGAAUAACAUCGAUUGUUCCUGUGAGUGAGUUUGCUGAAGACCAGUUUCUAGUGAUGCUUACGGUGAAUGGCUACAUCAAGAAAGUGUCUCUGAAUUAUUUUUCAUCUAUUCGGUCCACAGGAAUUAUAGCCAUUCAAUUGGUUCCUGGUGAUGAGUUAAAGUGGGUUCGUUGUUGCACAAAUGAUGACCUUGUUGCCAUGGCCUCACAAAAUGGAAUGGUCAUUCUAAGUUCCUGUGAUAUUAUCCGAGCACUAAGCAGAAAUACUAGAGGAGCUAUUGCUAUGAGACUGAAAGGAGAUAAGAUGGCUAGCAUGGAUAUCAUACCAGCUCCAAGGCAUAAAGAUUUUGAUAAGGCAGCAGAAGAUUCCAUUAGCAAUGAUAAGGGUGGCAGUGGCCCAUGGCUCUUGUUUGUCUCUGAGAAUGGCUAUGGCAAGCGAGUUCCAUUGAGUAGUUUCAAACAGUCUCCUUUGAACAGAGUUGGUUUAAUAGGUUACAAGUUCUCUUCAGAGGAUCGCUUGGCAGCUGUCUUUGUGGUUGGGUUCUCAUUGGCAGAGGAUGGUGAAAGUGACGAGCAAGUGGUUCUAGUGAGCCAAAGUGGUACUGUCAAUAGAAUUAAAGUUCGGGAUAUCUCAAUACAGUCUCGCUAUGCAAGGGGCGUCAUUUUGAUGCGACUAGAGCAUGCCGGAAAGAUUCAAUCAGCAUCCCUAAUCUCUGCCACUGCUGAUGAAGAAGCGGAGUUGCUACCCGAUAUGCAGUUGAAUGAAUCAACAACUAAUGCCAUAGCAGCUGGGGACGUAUCUGUGGCUUCAUAAUAACAGUUCGCUCGACAUGCUCAAAUUUGUUGUGUAUAACCAUAUUCAAAUUCUGUGUAGUACAGAAGGCUUUUUCAGUUAUCCUACUUGGCAGAAAUUAGAAAGUGACGGUUUAGGGAAAAUGAGGGUAGAAAAAUCUGA